AAAGUCGCUGUUUGGUUCUAAUCACAUAAUAAUAAUUUAAUAUUGUUAAAAAAUGGCAAAGAAGCAAAUGAGCCAAACUCAGAAAAAAACAUUGUUAGAGUUUAUGGAGGAAAAUCCUCAACUGGUUACCCAAAAAAUAAGUAACCAAUAUACAAGUGCUGAUAUGAAUCAAAAAUGGGCGGAAAUCACGGAUAGGUUAAAUAGCAUUCCUGGAUGCAAUAAGUCCUGGAAGGAAUGGAGAAAGUGUUGGAGUGAUAUGAAAUGCAGGAGCAAAAAAAAGAAAGCGCAAGAAAAGCGGUCAAUGAAUAUGACUGGCGGUGGACCCCCGGAAGAAGAUGGGCCCGAUGAAAUGGACCAAAAAAUAUUAAAUAUUAUAGGUGGCGAUGUUUUAAUUUCAGGCAUAGACGUGCCUGAAAUUGGAUUACCUUUAGUAUCUGCCAUCAAUGAACCAGCAACAGUUUCACUACCCAAAGGUAGUUAUAUCGAAGAAUCAGAAGAUACUGAUUGUGGUGAAAUUCAUGAGGCUGAUAAGGAAAAAGCUAAUGAAAAUCAUUCUAAUAAUAGCCCUAAAACAUCAACAAGAGUUAGACCUCCUCUAAUCAAGAAAAGGGCUAUAUCUGCAGUCCCUCUUGAAAAAACUAAAAGAAAAACUAAUCAUACUGCUUCAAUUGAAGCAUCCCAAAAGUUUAUAAAAAUUGCAAGGGACAAAUAUGAAUUAAAAAAGAAUUAUUAUGAAAAAAAAAUUCAAAUUUUGGAAAAGCAAUCUGAAACUUUGGAAAGGAUUGCAGUUGGGGUCGAAAAUUGUGCUGAAUUUUUAAAAAAUAAAACAUUUAUUGAACAUUACGAAUAAAUGUCCAAUGUAUUAUUAGUUAGU